GGAGUGAAGUUCAGGGGCGGCCCGGCGGGGGCGCGCGCAGGUUCGCGCCCCGGGACCCGCCCCCGGCCGGCGUCUUCUGUUUACUUUCGGUGGAGUUUCUCCUGCGCCCGGGCAGGUGCCGGCGGCGGGGGCGGGGCGGGGGCGCCCGUCCGCGCCCGCCGGGGCCCGCGGCGCAUGGAGUUCCCGGAGCACGGCGCGCGGCUGCUGGGGCGCCUGCGGCAGCAGCGCGACCAGGGCUUCCUGUGCGACUGCACCGUGCUGGUGGGCGCCGCGCGCUUCCCGGCCCACCGCGCCGUGCUGGCCGCGUGCAGCGUCUACUUCCAUCUCUUCUACAGGGAGCGGCCGGCGGGCAGCCGCGACGCGGUGCGGCUCAACGGCGACGUGGUCACGGCGCCCGCCUUCAGCCGCCUGCUGGACUUCAUGUACGAGGGCCGCCUGGACCUGCGCAGCCUGCCGGUGGAGGACGUCCUGGCGGCCGCCAGUUACCUGCACAUGUACGACGUCGUCAAGGUCUGCAAGGGCAGGCUCAGGGACAGGGGCCGCGCGCUGCACCGAGGGACCCCCGCCGCCCGGGCCGAGCCGCCGGACCAGCCCCCGCGCCCCCAGACCGCCCGGUCCCCAGAGCUCUGCCCCGCGGCCCAGAAGGCCCAGCCGCCCCGGGCUGGGGUCCACGCCCUCCCUCCGCGAGCCCCGGGCCCCCCUCCCUGGCAGGGCCCUGGAGACUCGGACCGGGCCCUGGACCUGUCACUGAAGCGGAGCCCCAGGCGGGAGCCAGUCCACCCACCCUGCGUCCUCCAGACAGCCGCCUGCCGCCGGAGGCAGCCCGGCCUCCCGCCGCCGGUGAAGGACUCGCGGGACUCGCUCUCGGAACCCGAGGACGACGGCGGCCCUCGCGGCCCUCACCGCCCCCUGCAGCCCCCCUGCGCUCCUGCAGCUGAGCGCCGGGCUGUGGGCUUGGAGCCGCUGCCGGCCGCUGGCGUGGGCGGCAGGGAGCUGGAGCUGGAAGCAGAGCGGGGGGCCAGUGGGGGCGAGCUGGGUCCCGGCGGGCCCCUCCGCGUCUGCCCGCUGUGCACCAAGCUGUUCCCCGGCGGCCGCGGCCUGCAGCUGCACCUCAGCGCCCACUUCCGCGAGCGGGACGGCGCCCAGGUGCGGCUGUCGCCCGACGGCACACUGCCCACCUGCCCGCUCUGCGGGAAGACCUUCUCCUGCACCUACACGCUGAAGAGGCACGAGCGCACGCACUCGGGCGAGAAGCCCUACACGUGCACGCAGUGCGGCAAGAGCUUCCAGUACUCGCACAACCUGAGCCGCCACGCCGUGGUGCACACUCGCGAGAAGCCGCAUGCCUGCCGCUGGUGCGAGCGCCGCUUCACGCAGUCCGGUGACCUCUACCGCCACGUCCGGAAAUUCCACUGUGGCUUGGUCAAGUCCCUGCUGGUGUGACCUGUCCUUGGGAGG